AUGAUUGAAUAUCUCGCUCUGGCUGCCUUUUUGGCAGUUGUCUCUGUCCUAGCAUGGUCUCCCUCUAGACGCAGAACCGUGGUCCGAAGACUGUCCCACAACCUAGAGAAGGGCACCAAUCCUCUCUCUGCUCACUUGUCCGAAAAGACCUCGACUCUCGGAGUUGAGGAGCCCUGCCCGUUGCCUACUCCUCUGGACAUCACUCCUGAACAGGUUGCUACCUAUGAUGAUAGACCUUGGAGACCCUUCCGUUGGCCUUAUCACCAAACCAUGUCGAUUUUCAAGCUGGACAUCAACCACUGGAUCGACAUGGAUAAAUGGUAUGUGCGCUAUCUGCAGGAAAAGCAGCGGCUCAACGAAAAGAACGGUACUGCAGCUUGUGACUGGCUUCCAGAGUCAGAACUGGCGUGCCAGGAGCUGCUGGACACAGUCGUCGAACAUCUCGUACAUCGAUACCCAAAGCUGUUCACUAUGACUGGCAUAUCGACAGUUGUCAAUCAUGUCACCAAAGAAACCAUCGAUCUCAAAGCCGAUCAUCCUCUCCACUUGCUUUCCAAGCUCACCAAAGAAGACUACUACGUUGUCCAGAAACGGGAUGACGGACGUCAUUAUCUGGUGGCUGCUGAAGUGCCCUUCCCCGGAGGCUCCUUUUCCAUCCAGACAAAGAUCGGCAAGCAUCUCAAUGUCAUUCAUGAGCCUGUUCCCUACUACAAGGAGAAACUCAUGCCCUCUAUGGAACGGUACUUUGGACGAAUGAAGGUCAACGAACCAGUUGAGAGAGCCUCCUGGUAUGUCUCCUGGGACUACAACCUCGAUGUUUCUCAUGUUUAUAACGAUAAGCACACCGAAGAAACCGUCAGACAGGUGCCCUAUGAGAACUUUGUGGUCCGAGUGGAACGUCAAACUCUACGAAGACUACCAAAGUCCAGAGCCAUCAUUUUCACGAACCACCCAGUCUACUACAAGAUCUGUGACAUGAAGGAUGAGCCCUUUGUGCCCUCCAUCAUCAAAAAGGUCAUGUUCGAGGCCCCCGAGGAUAUCAUCAAGUACAAGAACUAUCCAAUGAUCCGAGACUAUCUGGUGGUUUACUUGGAUCAACUGAUUGAACGACAAAUUGAGAUGGGCAUCAUUAAACGAGAUGAUCCUAUUAGAACCUCUGCAAACUAUCCCUUCGCUCAUUUCAUCACCAAGCCAUUUGUCAACUCUUCUGAACGAGUUGAUGUUACCAACAAGCCAGAGGCGUAG